AGCAGAUUCCUCAAGUUGCAAUAUUGAUUGCGCUCCGUAGCUGAGUCUCUUGUUUACCCAGUUCCAUCAAACAAUGGCUGAACCGAAUAGCAAGGGUGGUUACCACAUGAAAGAGAGAAAGAAAAAAGACGUUGCUGGCAACAUGGAGGACAGAAUCAGUGGAUUGCCGGAUGAAAUUCUUGUGAGUAUACUCUCUCUAUUGUCCCUAAAGGAAGCACAAGCUACUAGUAUCCUCUCUAGGAGGUGGCAUUAUGUGUGGGCCUUUAGUACCACUCUCAACUUCGAUGCUGAACAACGAUUGAUCAGAUUUUGCAAGCCCAAAAGUGACAGGGAACGCGAGCUAGGAUUGUGUAUGUAUGUUGAUUGGGUGGAUUCGGUUUUGAAUCAACAUAGAGUAGCUAACAUUGAGCGCUUCCGAAUUGCGUUUGAGCUUGGUCCUAGAAGUUGUAUUGAUAAAUGGAUUCAAUUUGCAAUGAGGAAAGGAGUUCAAAUUCUUGAGCUGGACUUAUCUGCUAUUUUAUAUCCAUGGGGUCUGCAAUACAAAUUUAGCAACCAAGUGCUGGGUAUAAGUGAAUUUUCUAGUUUCAAGGCCUUGUGUUCGGAAUACAUUGGUUUUAAGUUUCUCAAAGUUCUUGAUUUCAAUCGUGUUGAUGUGGACCAAGAUAUUCUCGAGUACUUCAUCUAUAACUGUCCAGUUCUUGAACGAGUAGCCGUGUGUGAUUCAUCCUUGAUGGUCAAUCUUAGAGUUGUUGGUCAGUCUAUUGCAUUGAAGUAUUUAACGAUACAACAAUGUCUCAACCUCAAAAGCAUCGAGAUAUGUGAAGCAAACCUAAUUUCAUUUACUUAUGGUGGGGAUCUGGAAAAGUUGCUUCUUAGAAAUCUACCACUUCUUGUUGAGAUAUCCCUUUCAGGAAUGACAAGAAUCACGGGAUGGUCGGCAAAGAUUGACUUCUCUUACCUUUCUUGCUGUCUUUCCCAACUGGAGAUUCUCAAAAUCAAUUAUAUAAUUUUGUGGGGCGAAACAGAUCCUGUAAUUCCUUCAUUACCUAAUCUCAAGUGCUUGGAAUUAGCAUUUGAUGAAGAUAAUAACUAUGCUCUUCUUCAUAUUGCAUUUUUCAUUAAGCAAACUCCUUGCUUGCAUACUCUUGUAAUGAAGUUUCGAUCAUGGCGGUGUCCGAAAAAUCCCUUUGCCAAGAAGAGAGCCGCAAGAUACUCUCAUGAUUGUCUGAAAGUGGUGAAAUUCCUAGAAUACUCUGGCCUUAGCCGUCAAAUUGAACUUGUGAAGUACUUGAUGAAAACUGCAAGUAAUCUGGAGAAAAUUAUUUUUGAUCCUGUUAAUCGUCAGUAUUCAGGGGUUCACAGACUGCUAUUUCCCCAUAUAGUGGAGAUGGAAGAAUUGUCAAGAGCUGAGGCUCAUCAGCUUAAAGAAAAAUUGCCUGCAACUCUAGAUGUUGUGUGCCAGUAG